AUGGUGCUCUGGUGCCUCUCUGUAUCAGACCAUCCGUUAAAGCAGGAAGUCCAGCUGGAACAGUGUGACCAUCGGAAGCGAGGCAUGGAGCGCAGCCUGCUUUGCAAAUAUCCAGAGGAGAGACUGGGGAUCAGUGAAGACAUCCGAUCCCACAUCUUCAUGGAAUCCAUCGACUGGGAAGAACUAGAGGAAGGAAAAGCAUCGCCCCCUUUCCAAUUGGACAUGCUCAUGGACAUGGAUAUAGAUGACCGACUUUCUCCAUCGGCUAUAAUGCCAUAUACAUCAAAGAAGCCAGGAGAGGAGAUAUACCUACCCAAGUUCACAUACAUCAGCAGCAUGUGGGCACGCAUAUGGCUCAUCCAGGGAGUAAUCCGAUCGCCUUCAGGGGUCAGGAAGGAAUUUUCCCUGUUGGAGCAAAUUAUACCAUGCUUCAUACGGGUUUUUCGCCUUCCUCUGGAUCUACAGGAGACCAAUAGAAUGUUCAAAUCAUUCAGAAAAUUUUAUAGGAUCAUUAUAUGUUGUACAGUUAUCGUGGUGUUUAGCUGCAUCAUGUACCUACGCUUCAGUCAGCUUUCAAACUUUCACUUUUUCAAUGCAAAAAUUAAUUUGUUAUCUGCCCGUGGAAACAUUGGGCACAUUGCCACAACAACGGAAAACAAAACCAUCGACCAACAAAUAACUGAGAUAAUGACCAGGAUAAACGCUACAAUCUCCCAAAAGGACACCAUGCAUUUUAAUGAAACCACCAGUGCGAUGAACAGCAAAGCAAAAAUAAUGAACUAUAAACCUAGUUAUUGUGUUGGAGACACCUUGAGUGUUCAGGUUGAGAUGUUCAAUUAUUUGGGGAAAAGGAAGACUUAUGGAGGAGACUUCUUACGAGUCCGGAUCUUUUCACCAAAGCUUGGAGCUGGAGCUUCUGGAAGAAUCGAGGAUUUCAAUAAUGGAACUUACAAUAUUUAUUUUACAUUAUUUUGGGAAGGAAAAAUACAAAUAUCUAUUCUCCUAAUGCAUCCCAGUGAAGGGGUCGCUCUAUUGUGGAAAGCGCGGAAUAUGGGAUACAAUUAUAUCAGCUACACAGGAAAAUUCCUUAAUAAAAACCAGGAAGUGCAUACAGAAUGUGGCUUUUACUUGAAUUCCCAACACGAAAAUUGUGAAUAUACAGAUAAGAAAUAUAGAGAAGUUUUCUACUGUAUCAAGUUACCAGAAGUACCCUGUGAGGCUUUCAUAUCAUUAAAAAGUGGGAACACACCUUAUACAUAUCUCACCAACGUGAACAAGACACUUUUUCCACGUGUGUAUACUAUGAUGACAGACAGUACCUUCAAUAACAUGAUGCCGUCCAAUUCCAGCGGCUCCCGCAUCAACCUGCACCUCCUGUCCAUCCUCUGUGACAGCUGUGUGUCCCCAGAGGUUAAGCUGGGGAAGAGAAUUAGAAGGAGAGAGAAUAAAAUGAGUAGAAUGACGAGUAGAUCAACAAAAGGGGGGCCCCCAAUUACCCCAAGCAACACAACAGCAACAAGCUCAAUAAGACCAUUUGUGACCAGAGGGGAAAGCCCGCGUGCCCAGGGGGCCCAGGGAGAAAUGAAGCAACAACAACAAGUGAAUAAAAUUAAAAAGACUGAUAAUAAGAUACCCCAGAGUGAUAUUUCUAGAGAAACAUCUAUAGAGCUAAGAGAGGAAGGGCCCAUGGGAAAUGGACUGGAAAGCAGCAGGAUUGAAGAACAAAACGUAAAUACACAGUCCCCCUCAAAGAGAGAAAUGGCAGAGAUGCUGUUAAAAUUGGAAAAUGCAAUAAAGGGGGAGAUACAGAACUUACGGACAGACUUUGGUCAAAUGCUUUCCAGAAUAGAAUCAGCAGAGGAACAAAUUGAGAAACAAGAACAAGAAUCCAACUCACUAAAAAUUCAGAUCGAUCAGAUCCAAUUACAACAGAGACUUAUUCUCUACAAAUUAGAAGACCAGGAAAAUAGAAAUCGGAGACAAAAUCUGAGGAUCAAAUCAUUACCAGAGAAGAGGGGAGAAGAUCUCAGGACAACUAUGCAAACGAUAUUUAAUCCUGUAUUGAAAAGAACAGCUGACAACCCAAUCAUGAUCGAAAGGGUACAUCGAGUAGGAAACCCGAAAAGAGGGCCACCCGAGCGAACAAGAGAUGUCAUAAUAAGAUUUAGAUUCUACGAAGAGAAGGAAGAAAUAUGGAAGAAGUUGAGGGGACAAUCCCCGAUAGUUUUUGAGGGGGUUGAUCUCCGGAUUUUCACUGAUGUGGCCCCAGAAACCUUGGCGAGGAGAUGGUUGUUAAAACCACUCUUAAAACAGAUGGUCGACCUAAAUAUCAAGUAUUUUAACGGCCUGGGGAAGGGGCACAAAUUAAGUAAAGAGGCCUCGGAAGCAAUUAUAACUGUUAUCCCGAAAGAAGGCAAGGACUUGGAGGGCUGCUCGGGCUACCGGCCGAUAUCUUUGCUGAACACGGAUAUAAAAUUGUUCGCAAGGAUAUUGGCCGGGAGAGUGAAGCAGGAAAUGAAUAAAUUGGUACAUCCAGAUCAGACGGGUUUCAUUCAGGGACGAGAGGGGAGAGACAAUGGGGAAACUAAAAGAAUGCUCAAAUCAACCAGAAAAGGGUAUAUGAUCAUUUUGUGUUGUACAGUUAUCGUUAUUGUGGUGUUUAUCUGCAUCAUUCACAUAAACUUCAGUCAGCUUUCAAACUUUCACUUUCUCAAUGUAAAAAGUCAUCUGGCACCUGCCUCUGGACACGUUGGGUACGUGACAACAGAAUCCAAAACCAUUGACCAAAAAAUAGCAGAGAUAAUGACUAUGAUGAACUGUACAAUUCCCCAAAAGGAUACCAUGUAUUUUAAUGAAACCACCAGUGCAAUAAAUAGCAAAGCAGAAAUAUUGAACUAUAAACCUAGUUAUUGUGUUGGAGACACCUUGAUUGUUCAGGUUGAGAUGUUCAAUUAUUUGGGGAAAAGGAAGACUUAUGGAGGAGACUUCUUACAAGCCCGGAUCUUUUCACCAAAGCUUGGAGCUGGAGCUUCUGGAAGAAUCAAGGACUUUAUUAAUGGAACGUACAAUAUUUAUUUUACAUUAUUUUGGAAAGGACAAGUACAAAUAUCUAUUCUCCUAAUGCAUCCCAGUGAAGCGGUAUCUCUAUUGUGGAAAGGGAGGAACAUGGGAUACAAUUAUAUCAGCUUCACAGGAAAAUUCCUUAAUAAAAACCAGGAAGUACACACAGAAUGUGGCUUUUACUUGAAUUCCCAACAAGAAAAAUGUAAAUAUGUGGACAGGAAAUAUAGAGAAGUCUUCUACUGUAUCAAGUUACCAGCAGUACCUUGUGAAGCUUUAAUAUUGUUAAACAGUGAAAACACACGUUAUACAUACCUCACCAAUGCGAACAAGACUUUGUUUUCCAUGUCCAACAUUGGUAUAGAGAUUCCCAAACAAGUUGGAAGUAUUGACGUUUUAAAUUGCCCAAAAACCUCUAUGAAUGUGACUUCAAAAUGCCAAAUUGGGACCUCCCUUCCCUUCCCUAGCGGCUACUUCUUGAAGAACCAAUGGUUCCCCUCACAUUGCAAUCUUUCUACCUUUGAGCCCUUGUUAAAUGCCAAUAAAUGUUUGGCUGGCAAAAUGAUAUACUUGAUGGGUGAUUCAACAAUUCGCCAUUGGAUAGAUUUCUUCCCAAAAGUCAUGAAGAAUUUGACAUUUUUUAACACCCACAAUCCUGGUGUUUAUUAUGUUGCAUUCGACUUACAAAACAACAUCUACAUUCAGUUCAAGAAACAUGGACAUCCAUUUGUAAUUACGAGAUUCUACAAUGUCAAGGAUCAUGCCUACAUCGCCAAUGAACUUGACCGGGUUGGUGGCGGCUCCAACACAAUUGUUGUGGUAACUCUAGGACAGCACUUCCGGCCCUUUCCUUUCCCUCUGUUCAUCAAAAGGCUUCUCAACAUACAAAGCGCCAUAGAGAGCCUGUUUUUACGAAGUCCAGAUACAAAGGUCAUCAUAAAGUCAGAGAACACCAGGGAGAUUAACCCUGAUGUAGAGCGAUUCAGCGACUUUCAUGGGUAUAUUCAGUACCUCUUAGUAAAGCACAUCUUCAGUGGACUUAAUGUUGGGAUGAUAGACGCUUGGGACAUGACCACAGCAUUGGACUCUAGAAGUGUCCAUCCAGGGGAGGAUAUUAUUAAGAAUCAGAUCAACUUGUUUUUGUCUUAUAUCUGUUAAAUAUUUUUUUUAAAUAUAUGUUUACAUUUAUUGUACUUUUAAUAUAAAAUAAUUUUAUGUUAAGGCAAAACCCCUGCCAACAAUGAAAUGCCCAGUUACAGUUUG